AUGGCUCCCACCACUCUCUCCCUCGCCGGCAAGACUGCCAUCGUGACCGGCUCUGGCCGUGAGAACGGCAUCGGGGCUGCCAUUGCCCUGACACUCGCGAAAAACGGCGCCCGCGUGGCCAUCAACUAUGUAUCGGACAGCUCUGCACCCCGAGCCGCCAAGGUAGCAGCCAACCUUCAAGCCGCUGGCGGUCAAGUGAUUGUCAUCCAAGCCGACGUGUCCACUCCCGCGGGCGCAGCCAAGCUCGUCAAGGACACCCUCUCUGGAUUCAAGACGGAUAAGAUUGACAUUUUGAGUUUGUCUCCCCUCAUCCCCCGUUUCUCGUUUCUUCCCCCUGUGCUGACAUGUCCGCCACCAAAAGUCAACAACGCCGGCGCGGGAACCGGUCAGGGCAAGUUGCUGGUCGACCUGACACCCGAGGAGGUGCAGCAGGCUUUCGCCCUAAACACCUUCAGCACUCUGUAUGUCGCCCAGGCCGCGGCGCCGCACAUGCCAUCCGGGGGCCGCAUCGUCAACAUCGGAACCGUCGUCUCACGGAUGAACAACAUGCCCGGUGUCGGGGUGUAUGGUGCCAGCAAAGCCGCCCAGGAGUACCUGACCGCCGCACUCGCUGCCGAGCUGGGUCCUCGCCAGGGAAUUACUGUCAAUACCGUUGCCCCCGGCCCCACCAAUACAGAUGCGGCGAGUUGGUUUCCCGAAAACGACCUCAGGGAUGAAGUCUCCCAGAAACUAGCUGUUGGAGCUAGACUCGGCAAAGUCGCCGGGGACCCGGAGGAGAUAGCGGAUGCUGUUUUGUUGGUGGUCUCCGAUGCUGCGAGAUGGAUUACAGGGCAGUAUAUUGCUGCUAGCGGUGGCGUCACAGCCUGA